CAAAGUGUGUUUUCGCUCCCGAUUUUGUGUCUGAAGAUAAAAAGGAAGUUCCUCAUUUCCUCUCUUUAUCUGUCUGUCUGGUUUCUAGCCCUCAUUGUUCUUCUCACUGUCUGUACCUGUGUUUUCUGACACCGCCGGCGAAUCAUCAGCGGUACCAUUUGGAGCAUUUGUUGAAAUGGAGAUGAACCCGACAUCAAUUCCACAGCCCCGGACAUUUUCUAUCAAGCUAUGGCCUCCAAGCCAGAAUACCCGCCUAAUGCUCAUAGAGAGAAUCACCAAUAAUCUCUCCAGCCAAUCUAUUUUCACCAAAAAGUAUGGUAGUUUGAGUAAGGAAGAAGCUGCAGAAAAUGCAAAGGAAAUUGAAGAAACUGCUUUCGUUACUACUAAUGACCACUAUGAGAAGGAGCCUGAUGGUGAUGGAAGUUCUGCUGUCCAGCUAUAUGCUAAGGAAUGCAGCAAGCAAAUUUUGGAAAUCCUCAAAGCCGGCCCUAGAACCAAAGCGGUCCCAAAAGAGACUUGCUUUGAUAUAUCUAAAGGGCAACGUGCCUUUAUCGAAGAAGAGGAGGCUUUGGAGCUUUUGAAGCCACUGAAGGAACCAGGAAACACUUUUACCAAGAUAUGCUUUAGCAACCGAAGCUUCGGUUUGGGCGCAGCCAAUGUCGCGAAACCUAUACUUGAAUCUGUUAAGAAUCAGUUGGAAGAGGUCGAUCUAUCGGAUUUUGUGGCUGGUAGGCCAGAAGAAGAAGCUCUUCAGGUCAUGAAUAUAUUCUCGGCCGCACUAGAAGGAGCCGUAUUGAAAUCUCUAGAUCUCUCGAACAAUGCAUUGGGUGAGAAAGGUGUUAGGGCAUUCGAGAAGCUUCUGAAGUCACAGUCCCGUUUGGAAAAGCUCUAUUUAAUGAACGAUGGAAUCUCCGAAGAAGCUGCCCGAGCUGUUUCCGAGCUAAUUCCUUCGACCGAAAAUCUCAAAGUUCUGCACUUCCAUAACAAUAUGACUGGAGACGAAGGAGCCCUAGCAAUUGCGGAAAUUGUGAGACGAUCUCAAUUGUUGGAGGAUUUCCGAUGCUCGUCGACUCGAGUUGGAUCCGACGGUGGGAUCGCAUUGUGCGAAGCUCUCGAAACUUGUGCACAUUUGAAGAGGCUGGAUUUACGAGACAACAUGUUUGGAGUAGAAGCAGGAAUAUCGCUCGGAAAAGCCCUUGAGAAAUGUGGGAGUCUUAUAACUGAGAUAUACUUGAGUUACUUGAAUUUGGAAGACGAAGGAGCGAUAGCUAUAUCGAAUGCUAUAAAAGAAUAUUCUCCUUUGCUUGAAGUUCUUGACAUGGCUGGAAACGAUAUCACUGCUGAAGCUGCUUCAGUUCUAGCUGAAUGUAUAAAUGAGAAGCAAUCACUUGUGAAUUUGAACCUGUCUGAGAAUGAGCUCAAGGAUGAAGGUGUUAUUCUGAUUAUUGCAGCAUUGGAGUCUGGCCAUGGACAACUGAAGGAAGUUGAUUUGAGUGUUAACUCGAUUAGGAGGGCUGGGGCUAGGAUUUCUGCGCAGGCUAUGGUUGGUAGACCCGAGUUUAAGUUGUUGAAUCUUAAUGGUAAUUUUAUAUCUGAUGAAGGUGUUGAUGAGUUGAAGAGUAUUUUCAAGUCGGAUCCAAGUUUGUUGGGUCCUUUGGAUGAGAAUGAUCCUGAGGGUCGCGAAUAUGAUGAUGAAGACGAUGAUGAGGCCGGAGAAGAUGAUGGAGAACACGAUGAUUUGGAGGCGAAGAUGAAGAACCUUGGGGUAUGAUUAGUGUUUAUUUUUCUAAAUUGUUGUUUGAACUGUUGUUUUGUUUGCUGUGGACUGUAAUUUCUAUCUGGAUUAGUACUAGGUAGUAGUACAAUAGAUAUGCUUAAUUUGCUGUCUUCUGUUUUUAGGGUUUAUUACUCUAUGAUACUUGGUUUAAGUAACUCUGAAGUCUGAAAAGCUAGUUAAUUAAGGGUUUGUUUUAUUUGGAUUUA